GAUCACACUAAUUAAUCCAAAGUGUCAGUUUUCAGUAGGUCCAGAGUUAUCCUGUGUAGUCUAGGUUUGUUGAGAUAAACAGUAAAUAAAGUGGGGCAUUAGAGCGUGCACUUGCAUAGCAGAGUCGGUGCGGAAUAGUGAAUAUGAAAGGAACAAGAGCGCGGGGGCGCGUGCAUGUCUAGCUACAACGAUACAGCUUUUAUAUAAAAGAAGCGCUCAGUUUCGCAACCAUUCCAAUUUUGAAUCUCGGCGCAAACCUACCGAGGGGCGCUAGGGAGUCGGAACGCAUCCGUAUUUGCGCGCGAAAAGUGACAGAUCUUAUUGUUUUUUUUAAUAACAAAUAAAUAUUUCAAUAUGGCUGUUACCAGUGCUAGGAAUAUUGUGAAUUUGAAAGAAAAGGGGCAUUUUGAACGUGAAAAUGCAAGACUCGAUAAAUACACUCUCGCCGACGAGCUCCCGGCCCAGAUGUCGGAGCUCAGCAUACGGACGAUGGCAAAACCCUCUUACACUAUCAAGAAAAUCACUCCCGAAGACAAGGAGCGUAUGCUGAAGUUCCUAAGAAGGUUUUUCUUCCGCGAUGAGCCGAUGAACUUGGCGGUGAAUUUGCUGGAGACUCCGGAAUGCCGAUGCUUGGAGCUUGAGGAGUACGCAGCCAGCACCCUCGAAGAUGGAGUGUCGGUAGCCGCAGUCGAUGAGAACGGAGAAUAUGUGGGUGUCAUAAUUAACGGACUGGCCAGGAGAGAGGAAGCAGACUACACCGACAAAUCGGAAGAGUGUCCCAACGCGAAGUUCAGGCGUGUCUUGCGAGUGCUGAGCCACUUGGAGCGCGAGGCUCGCAUCUGGGACAAGCUGCCGGAGUCAUGCAACCUCGUCAUGGAGGUCCGCAUAGCCUCCACGCAUACCGCAUGGAGGGGACGGGGUCUCAUGCGGGUACUUUGUGAAGAGACUGAACGUAUUGCGCGAUCAUUGGGCGCGGGCGCCUUGCGCAUGGACACCACAUCAGCAUUCUCCGCGGCCGCUGCAGAACGGCUCAAGUACAAGAAGAUAUACUCGACGCUGUACGCUGACCUGCCGUACGCGCCCCAACCAGAACCACCGCAUCUCGAGGCGAGAGUCUACAUCAAACAAUUGUAAGAACCCGCACAACAUGAACAUUCGAAAUAUAAAAACAAAAAGGUAUUAUGAAUCAUUAUGAUAUUCAACGUUACAUAAUUAUUUAAUUGUUUAUUCCGUAAUGUUUAUAAUCCUAAAUUUUCCUCAAGCCUGAGAUUGUAUAUUUUGGCAACGAAGCUAAUUGUUUUGAAAAAAACUUUCCCUGUAAGGGGUUUAUUGAACUGUAUAAUUUUAAUAAUUAUGUAGACAUCUCUCAUCUCGUUACCUGUGUCAUUAUGUAAGUUUAGAAAAAACUGCCUGCAAUGUAUUAGAAGUGUGGUGUUGAUCUCACUUAGACCUCACUUGGUUGGCGCGUAGAACCUUAAAUUCAACAACGCAAUUGACAGAAGCUAUUCGAAAUUGAUGGCAUAAUAUUAACCGUCUUUGGCAUAUAAGGAAGCAAAGGUUUGAAGCAGGCGGUGAAUAGUAAAGGUAGUAUACAUACGAUAUAGUCUUCCGAACAAACUAUAAUACUGUUUUCUACAUAUUUAGCGUUCUACAUAGGCAUCGCCGCAUUAUGCAUUCCAUAAUAUUCAUAGAUUUAAUUGUGCGGUGCCUGGUAAGGUACAAUAGCAACGCACCUUAUGUAAACUGUGCAACAAGUAAAUAUGCAGGCGCUCCUAUGGGUGUCUUGUGUCUUUAGAUAUUACGUAUGUGUAGUUCCUUAAAUUGUAGUAUUAUUUGAUAUUUACCUUAACUUGGUGAUAAAAUAUGAACAUUAAAUGUUUGAAGAAACCUUUUUAAAAGAACUAUCAUAUUUUUACAUGGCGAAAUUAUAUGAAUGUGAUUUAGUAGAUAAAUAAAGAAAUAAGCUGGCUUAUUUUUAUUAUUAUAUUGGUCUGGAACCUAUUAAAUUACAUCAAAAUUAUACAUCGGAUGAAACCGCUGUUCGAAAAAAAAACAGAAUUAUUAACUAUUUUUCAAUUCCAAGAAAUAGUCAAUGAAUAUUCUAUUAUCAUAUAAUUAUAAUCAAUUGAAUUGUGGUGUAAAUAUUAUAUCUUAAUUACAAUAAAUGUGUACUAAAAUAAA